GUACUGCUCUACAUUUUCAGCAAAUGGUUCCAAAAAAGAACAUAAUUGGCCUCAGUGUGCUACUGGGGGGCUACUCAUUUGCUGCUUAUGUCACUCAUUGGAUUUAUUCNCAAGGGAUUGAUUUUAUUCGUGAUAAUUGGCUAUAUUUACUGAUAUACUUAAUCACUUCUGGUUUCAUUAGUUUUGCUAUUUUAUAUCGUAUUGGUCCAGCUCAUGUUCGCACUCUACAAUUGAUACAAUGGCUCCUUCAGUUCAUUAGUUUGACUCUUCUCUUCUUCUCCUUCUCUCAAAUACAAGUCAUAGCUGUCAUUGCAGUGCUGGUCUUACUAGUACAUUACAAUACAUCACUCUUUUCAGGUGUAUUAGGACCACCCAAAGCAUUGUUUUUUCGCAUGUUUCUCUUUUUGCAACCCAACAUUCAAAAGAAGUUGUUGACUAAUGAAGAAUAUGAAGAGCAAGGAAGGGUUGAGACUGAGAAAGCUUUAAAGGAAUUACGCAAAUAUUGUCGAUCUAAUCCUGAGUUUUGGGAUAAUAAACUCGUAAAUAUCAAUAAUCAAUCAAGGUUAUUGGAUUUUAUGUCAGGCAAGGAUCAUGUACCUAAUAGUGAAAAAGAAAGUCAUGAUAGAGUGUACCCAUCUUGGUAUGAUGACAGUGAUGAUGAUGAUGAUGAUGAUGAUAUUGAUAGUUCAACUGCUUCUCCUCAAGUCUCAUCCUCAUAUAACUCGCCCUCACCCUCCCCUAGACACCAACAAUAUCACCAUUAUUAUUAUAAUUAAUCUAAAUUCUUUGGACUUUAUAGGAUAUUAUUUUUGUCUCUUAAGAUAAUAGUGUAAUGGACUUUCUGAUGCAACAGUUCAAUAUACUCAGUUCAUG